UGAGGGACAAACCCUUGGGAAAGUCCCACCCUCCCUCUCUGCUGUCACAGAGGCUUUGGGAACUCACAUUUGCUUUGAUUUGGGCUGCUGGCUGGUCACAAGGGCUGCUGCCUCCAUUCUUGUACUACUUAAAUUGAGUUAUUGGUUAUUUUUAUUAACUUACAUUCAUACCUCAUCCCAGUUAUGGCUGCUGACCGUUGAAAGAAGCCCCUCUGCUCUCCAGAGAUACAGCCCAGAGAAGGUUUGUGGCUGGAAAACCACUCCUGUUCCUGGGAGAGCCUCGUGCUCCUGCUUGUUUAUGCAGGAUGGGACAGUCACUGUAAGGAAAUCAAUCAAGGGAAAUGUAUUCCUUUGGAAAGAUGAUUGCCGACUCAAGAUGACGACGGCCACGCCACUGACCAAUAACACUCAGCUCUCAGUGAAUGUGACCACAAAGUCUCAAGAACACAAUCUCUAUCAAAGUUCUGGAGCAAUAGUUGCUGCCAUCGUGGUGGGGGUGAUUAUUAUUUUCACAGUGGUUCUGCUCAUCCUGAAAACAUACAACAGGCGCAUGCGAGUGCGGCGGGAGCUGCAACCCAAAGCCUCCAAGCUGGCAGUGCCACCUCCUGUGGGGCACAGCAGCCACAGCCUGGCCCAGCAGCCCUCGGUGACCUUCAUCCCCGUGGACAUCCACCUGCAGAGCAGGUAACCAGGAG